AUGAAGUGGAAGGACAUCGAAAUUGGCUUCAUUACAGGGAAACGUGUAAAUGGAAAAAAGGAUGCGGCAACAGCAGCAGGCAUUAUUAUAUCGAUGUCAUCAACAUCAACUACCCCAAUCCGAACCUUCCUCGAUUUAACCGCUGGAGGGAUUUCAAUCGGAAGGCUUACUUUUCAGCUGAGAGAUGACAUUUGUCCAAAGACUUGUGAAAAUUUUCGAGCACUCUGCACCGGUGAAAAGGGAUUUGGCUACAAAGGUUGCCUUUUCUACCGUGUCAUCCCCGGAUUUUGUGCAUGCAGUGGUGACUUCGAAACAAACAAUGCUGACCGAAGUGGUGGACGGUCGAUAUUUGGCGAGAAAUAUUUCGAAGAUGAAAAUUUCAUCCUAAAACACGACAGUCGCGGAGUGCUAUCGAUGGAUAACUAUGGAUGGCCAAAUACCGUCAGUUCACGGUUCUUCAUCACAUUCGACGAGGCUCCGUGGCUGAACGACUAUCAUGUAGCAUUCGGCAAUCUGAUCGAUGGCUUCGAUACAUUGGAUCGCUUGGAGUCCUAUGGUAUUCUGGAGGGAUACGGUGCACAGAAAGGGCGCACCACCGCCACAAUUACCAUUGAGAAUUGUGGUCAAAUGUUGUGA